GAAGAGUCUGGGAUUUGGCAAUAAAUAUCCUUGGAUUCAUGACACACAGAAACUCGGAGGAGCACUUUGCACAGGAACCAGAGUGAAGCGCACUUGAUUUGGGAGGAUUUUACAGAAACAUCCACAUGACAACAUGAGUUUAUCACUGAAACUGUUGCUGCUUCUACCUGCUCUAUACUGUGCUGCAGAUAAUACAGUGUUGCAUCACAGACAGAAGCGAGAUUCACGCCUUUAUAAUGAUGUUUGUGUGGACACCCAUUCGGCUGUGAUCAGGGACAAUGGGGUGACUUGGUUGCGAUGGAGGGGUCCGAAAGUGGAAUUCUGCCGCUGCGCCUUACGAGGAAGAGUGCACUGUAAUGAUAUACCAGUUACCAAAUGUUUUGUGUCUAAGUGUUAUAAUGGAGGAGUGUGUAAGGAAGCUGUUUACUCCAAUGACUUUAUCUGUCAGUGUCCUCCAGGAUAUACAGGCACCCAGUGUGAAAUCAAUACGGGCGAGAGAUGUGCAACGGGUCAGGGCUUGAGUUACCGUGGCACCUGGAAUAUGAGUGCAUCAGGACUGGAGUGCAUUAACUGGAGUGCAUUAACAUUAACAUUAACAUUAACUAAUUCACACCAAGGAAAGAUAUUCACAGCCAAGAGAACAGAUUCCAGCACACUGGGGCUGGGUAACCACAACUACUGCAGGAAUCCAGAUGGAGACACUAAACCCUGGUGUUUUGUCAAUAAAAGAGCUCAGGUGACAUGGGAAUUCUGCUCUUUACCGACAUGUGUAACAGAUCCCGCUAUGGAGUGUGUACAGGGGUCCGGUCAGUCCUACAGAGGUACAAAGGCGGUCACACGCAGCCAUUUGAAAUGUCUACCGUGGGAUUCACCCGCUGUGUCUCAUAAGCUUUACACCACAUGGAGAUCAGAUGCCAGAGAGUUGGGCAUCAGCAGCCACAACUUCUGCAGGAAUCCAGACGGUGACCUCGGUCCCUGGUGCCACACUUAUAAAGGUUCACAGCUGACCUGGGAACUCUGUGACGUGCCCAAAUGCCCAAGGAGGCCCCCGUUGAUCACCACGCUUGGACCACGAGCCCCUACAACUAACAACAACCAAGGUACCUGUGGUCAGCGCACUGAACUCCCCUCAAACUCUCUGGCCAUGUUCCGGAUACUCGGCGGUCAGGCCAGUGACAUCAGAGAGCAGCCGUGGCAGGCGGCCAUCACCGUAUAUCUACCCCACUUAAAAUCGUACAGCUUCCUGUGUGGAGGGGUGCUCAUCGACUCCUGCUGGAUUUUAUCAGCCGCUCACUGCUUUCAGGAGAAGUUUAAAGAGAAACGUCUGCGAAUAAUUUUGGGUCGUACAUUCAGACAUCAGAACUCCAGCAGCGAGCAGAUCUUUGAUGUAGAAAAGUACUGGAUCCAUGAACAAUAUGAUGAUGACACUUAUGAUAAUGAUAUAGCUCUGCUCAAAUUGAAGAGUGAUUCUGGUAUCUGUGCGGUGAACUCUCUUGAUGUUCUGCCUGCGUGUUUACCAGAACCGAACCUGGUUUUACCCGACUGGACAGAGUGUGAAAUCUCUGGUUAUGGGAAAGAGGAAGAGUUUUCUGAGUUUUUCUCUCAGAGAAUCAAGCGAGGUUUCGUACGGUUGUGGCCGCAGGAUCAGUGCGUUCCCGGGAAACUGUCUGGGCGUCCAGUGAUGCCCAACAUGCUGUGUGCAGGAGACACACUCGGUCUGAACGAUGCUUGCAAGGGAGACUCCGGUGGUCCUCUGGUGUGCCCGAAGAAUGGCAGAAUGACACUGAUGGGUUUGAUCAGUUGGGGCGACGGUUGUGGGAAGAAAGACACGCCUGGCGUUUACACACGCGUCACAAACUACACAAAGUGGAUAUCUGACAAGAUGAGAUCUAAAUAAGACAUAAACAAACUGUAUUAAUGUGCAAACUACAGUAAAUGUUGGGUACUGAAAAUAAGGCGAUGCACAUGUCAUGCACCUACCUUGAAGUCAACGUGAACGUGCAACCCAUUUUACUACCAAAAUGUGAUUUAUUUCCAAGUGAGACAGGAUGGUCAACAAUGAUUUUAUCUAUUGGGAAUUUGCAAGCAUUCCAUACUAGAAUGGAGUCAGAGCUGCGUGUUAGUUAACUAAAAUGUCUAAAUAGCCUGUUGGCCUUUUUUUUUUACCCAAUUUGGAAUGCCCAAUUCCCAAUGUGCUUUUUUUAAGUCCUCAUGGUCAUGUAGUGACUUGCCUCAAUCCGGGUGGUGGAGGACAAAUCCCAGCUGCCUCCGCGUCUGAGACCAUCAACCUGUGCAUCUUAUCAUGAGGCUUGUUGUGAGCGUUGCCACAGAGACAUAGCACGUGUGGAGGCUUCACGCCAUCCACCGCGGCAUCCACACACAACUCACCACGCCCCCCACCAAGAACGAACCACAUUAUAGCGACCACGUGGAGGUUACCCCUCGUGACUCUACCCUCCCUAGCAACUGGGCCAAUCUGUUUGCUUAGGAGACCUGGCUGGAGUCACUCAGCACGCCCUGGAUUCGAACUAGCGAGUUAGCGAACUGGUGGUAGCCAGCGUCUUUUACCACUGAGCUACCCAGGCCUCUUUGCCUGCUUGGCCUUUUUGAAAUAUUCAGAAAGUGUUCACAUUAAGACCAGGAACGUCUUAUGAGAAUGUAAAAAGGGUCAAAUUUGAUUUCAUGUUGACUUUAACAGCUGGACUUGUUAUUGUCCUGCUAACUGAGGACUCAACAUUUUGACCUACUUUAACUUAAGAGUAAUGUAAUUAGUUAGCUACUACUGUUGUUUUGAGAAAGGAAACCAUGGGAUUUUUAGAAAUACAAAUACAGAUCUUCUAAAGUUUUAUAAUGCUGUGAUUUGAUCAUUGUAGAUGUGGCACAUCGAAGGAGAAACUCGAAUCAAAGCAACGUAUUCUUCAGUUUGUGUCACGCUCGUUGCCUUAAAUUAGUGCUUCCAAAAACGACAUUUCCACAAAUGAGAAAGACUUAGCUAAAGUGCAAAUUUGGAUUCAGAAAUGCACUUAGUCCUUUGGAAGCACUUCCAAUAUUGUAAAAUGAUAAAAAUAGAUGCACUUUGCUUUACAAUAGUGAGGAUAUGCAAACUAAGUGAUGGCACUUUUCAGUGUGUGUUCUGAGUUGUUAAACAGUGCUUCUUUGUAACAUUUGUCACGUCAGUUUUGCUACAUAUUUUUAUCACUAAACAUCUACUGGGUCAGAGAAACAUUUGUUUCACGGUCAAUGUCGCUGGGUAUUUAAUUGGACUUUAGUCCUCGUUAAGCUGGAUGUUUUUAGACUGCAAUCUAAUAUUAUCAGACUUUUGAUUAUGGAGACAUAAUCAAUCAUAAUCAUAUGUAGGCCUACAUAUUAUUGUAGUAUUUAACUAUUUAAAUUUUUUUGUACAUGGUUGUAGCCAGUGCUAAAUUAUUGUUUUUUGUUGUUUGUUUUGUUUAUGUUGAAACAAUGUUAUUGUACAUGAUUUUGCCUGACUUUUUAUAAAACAUGAAAUGGAAACAGCUGUCCCUUGUCUUCUGUGGAACCAACAUAUGCUUUAGAUUUUGGGGAAUUUCCUUCACAUUUGUUC